AUCCUCCCGGCUGUUUGGUGGAUGCUCUUGCCACCGACUUCCAGGCAUGAGGUGGCUCCUGCCCUGGACUCUGGUGGCAGUGACAGCAGCAGCUGCUGCGGGCAGUACCCUGGUGACGGCCCUCCCCCCGGCCCCCACAGCCAUGGCCGUCACCCCAGUGCCACCGGAGGACACGUCCUCACGCCCCCAGUUCUGCAAGUGGCCGUGCGAGUGCCCGCUGUCCCCGCCCCGCUGCCCGCUGGGGGUCAGCCUCGUCACGGAUGGCUGUGAAUGCUGCAAGGUAUGUGCCCAGCAGCUCGGCGACAACUGCACGGAGGCCACCGUCUGUGACCCCCACCGGGGUCUCUACUGCGACUACAGCGGGGACCGCCCGAGGUACGCAAUAGGAGUGUGUGCACAGGUGGUCGGCGUGGGCUGCGUCCUGGACGGCGUGCGCUACACCAACGGCCAGGCCUUCCAGCCCAGCUGCAGGUACAACUGCACGUGCCUGGACGGCGCGGUGGGCUGCACGCCGCUGUGCCUCCGCGCGCGCCCCCCGCGCCUCUGGUGCCGACGCCCCCGGCGCGUGAGCGUUCCCGGCCGCUGCUGCGAGCAGUGGGUGUGCGACGACGACGCCAGGAGGCCGCGCACCACCGCGCUGCGCGACACGGGCGCCCUAGUGGCUGCGGACGAGGUGGAGCCGUGGCACAAGAACUGCAUAGCCCACACCAGCCCCUGGAGCCCUUGUUCCACCAGCUGUGGCUUGGGGGUCUCCUCUCGGAUUUCCAAUGCCAACGUGCGGUGCUGGCCUGAGCAGGAGAGCCGCCUCUGCAACCUGCGGCCCUGUGACGUGGACAUCCGGCCGCUAAUCCAGGCGGGGAAGAAGUGUCUGGCCGUGUACCAGCCAGAGGCGCCCGUGAACUUCACCCUCGCGGGCUGCACCAGCAUACACUCCUCCCGGCCCAAGUACUGUGGGGUCUGCACGGACGACAGGUGCUGCAUCCCCUACAAGUCCAAGACCAUCGAUGUCUCCUUCCAGUGUCCAGACGGGCCCGGCUUCUCCCGCCAGGUCCAGUGGAUUAACGCUUGCUUCUGCAACCUGAGCUGCAGGAAUCCCAACGACAUCUUCGCCGACUUGGACUCCUACCCUGACUUCUCUGAAAUUGCCAAUUAGGCGGGCACAAGUCGUGGGACUUGGGGCCUGGCCCAGUACUGGCAAGGCUGCCAGCCCUCUGCGGCCAGAAACUUUUCACAGUUGUCCACUUGCCACUCACUCUGAUUCCCUUUGUCCUGACCCUUUGCUCCUUUCCUGACUCUGACCACCCAAAUGGCCCGUGAUGGUGCUCCUCAGACCCCUCCUUGACAGUGCCCCGCACCGACUCCAAAGAAAAUGCCCAUCGCUAGCAGUUCUGGUCAAUAGUCAAGCCCAGUCUGGUCCGUCCAAGCCACUGGGAGUCCAGGGAACAGAAUCAGCUAGACUUUCAGCAUUACAGAUUCCUUCUUUUGAUGCCAAACCACAAGACUCUUUGAGCCCAUUCAGAAGAACCAAGAGGAUUUGGGACAAUAGAACAGUCUAUUAUUUGGGCCCUGCCAAGUGGCACUCGAAGGGACAGUCUGGCCACAGCAUACCAAAUGUUUCUCUGAGCCCAAAGAUUGGUGCACCCCAAGGUCACCCAACAUUUGCCGAGUGAGGUGAAACAUUUUACCAUUUGGUUUUGGUUCUUUAAUGGAAAGUUGUGUCCGUUUAACCUGGGCAUUGUAGAAGUUAAGUUUCUCUUCAUCCCAUGUACCGUGAAGGUUACAAAUUGGGGUCAUCUCCAUCAAAAUGAGAUUUGAUAAAGUUCAUUCUUAUUUAUGGAAAACUCCCCAGUCGGAACUCUGGGGUCAACCAGUUUUCAGAAGGAGCGAGUGACCCUGGCACGGAAUCUGCUGCUGGCCGACAGGCCCUGGCGCUGACCAGGCUCUCAGGCGCUCUUCCUGCUUGAUGGUUUGUGGGAUUUGCUGGCGUCCCUGGGAGGGUCUCUCUGCCCCCGAAAGCAGUGUUCUGGGAAGUUUCCCUAUUCUUGGGGAUGUUUGGGAGACCUAACUGAUGUCCAGGCCAGACCCACCUGCAAUGACCGAGAACACACCCAGAGGUCAGGGGUGGACUGAACCGAGAAGUGAGUCCAUCCCAUCCCACGUCGGCCUGGCAGGGCCUCCAAAGCCAGAGCCUAAAGGACCACAAGGGACACUGGGCCCCACAGGUGUCUUUUGGCUGCAAUGACCCAUUUCACUGCCUUGGGGUUUGAUGAACACAGAGGCUUGCCAGUUGUUUAGAAACUUAUAUAUUUAAGGGUAAUUUGAAGCUAAAAAGAAGAGGUGGUUACUAAUGGAAAUAAGGUUGUUAUUUAUUUUAUUAUAGAAUAUAAAUAUUUGCUGUUAUAAUUCCCUUAUUAAGCACCUUCUGUAUGUACCGCCAUUGAAUCUUGGCAACAACCUCCGGAAGCAGUCACUGCUAUUUCCUCUCUUAUGGACGUGAAACAGAAGCACAGAGUGGUAAAGAAAUGCAACUGAAGCUGCCCAGCUGUUACUUGGUCAGAAUUCAAAUCCAAGUGGGACUGACUUACAACUCAUAUUUUCCUCCUGCUUUUAGAGCUUUUAAAUAUAUCAGAGCAGGAAAACACGUUGGAAUAAGCGACUUCUUGUUCUCAGUUUUUGCUGUCUCUCUAGCUCCUUUCCCAAGAGAAAAAGAUUAUCUGAUUUUCAGAUAAAUGAGGUACUCGAGCAACCACAUAAAUAACAGAUAGACAAAAAUUCCACACAUUCCUAAUGGAUUAUCCCUUCCUUUAGAUCAUAACCAGCUCUCAGCAUACCUUUAGAAGAUGAUUCUGCUCACCCAAUAUCACAUGUGGAAUGAUGUGCAGUUAUUCAUGAGGUUUGAAAUAUGUCCAGUAUAGAGAGGAUUCCUGAACAGGAGACAAGGGUUGGGACUGUGCGCUCCUCACUGUGGCCUUAAGAAAGCCUGGCCCAGUGCAGGGCACACAGUGGCACUCAAUAUGUGUGUGGGGAAUAAAGGAAGUUGUGUAUGUGUGCUUACUUUUAUUCAGAAGGGCUCUUCUUCCAAAGUUAUGUGAAAAUCUCAUUUUUAUCAGCCAAAUCUUAUUUGAAGUGCCAUAGGAAAAGAGACACUUAAUACUUCAAUAUUUUAUUUAAAUAAAUUUUAUAUUAAAAAAAGAAUUCUUGUGUAAAGAGCCUUUACCCCAUAAAUGUUUUCUUUUAUAAGUCUCUGUGGAUCAUGUUGGAUUUUCUUAGGAUGAAGACAUCUGCAACCUACAAAUUAAAGGUUGCAAAUUAAAAAUUGCUAACCCCAUUUGAAAUUCAGUAGAAAUCCAAUUUCUGAAUCCAUUACUGAAUUUGCAUUCCAAUUUGGGAAUCCAAGUGUAGCUUCUAAGAUCCUAGGAGGCUGGUUGGAGGAAUUGGGGAUUGUCCUGGAAAUGGAUGGAAUGGGGUGGCCGGGAUGACCUGAUCACGGCGGAUUUUGAGAAAUGGACCUGUUCUAUGCAGGUCUAAGAGGGAGAGUCUCGGACGGAUUGGAGCCAGAGGAAAGGAGAUUUGGGCCCAAUGUAACGAAUCUCUUUCUAGCGGUCAGAAUUCUUCUACAAGGGUGUACCCUCCCUCAAUAAACACCAAGGCUAAUAAUCAUAACACAGAAAUGUUAUUGAGUGCUUACUUGGGUUCUUCAUUAUCUUAUUGAUUCUCACUGCAACCUUGCAGAAGAAUCUUCUCCCCAUCUUACGAAUGGAAAAUCCGAGACUCAGAGAGGCUGAGAAAUCAAAACCAAAGCAUUAGCACCCAAGCCCCAGCUCACUCCCUUCUCUGUAGUCUGUCUUCCUCUUGGGGAGGCCUCUAGACAGAGUGUGCAAGAACCCCCCACUGGCAGGGAGUUCAAAAACAUCAAGUAAAUCAACUCCGCAGUCCCCACUGACACCGCAGUCUUAGAUGAAAGGAUCCUUUGACCAUCAGUGCUUGCUUGAGUGUGUUGGGCGUUGGGGAGAGAGGGACACCUGAAUCCAUCAAACCACUCACUCUUCUUGACAAACCCAAUGGUAAGCAUUUGGUGAGCGCUGACAGUGUGCCAGGCUAGGGCUAAGUGCUUUACUGCCAUAUCUUAUUUAAUCUUCAUGGCAACCUCUGAAAUGCAGCAUUAUUAUCAUUACACCCAUUUUAGAUACAGACAACUGAGGCCCAGAGGGGUUAAAUUUGCUCAAGGUCUUAUCAGCUAGUGAGCAGCAGAGCAGGCUGGUGAAGCAUGACUCCCGAGCCAUCUUUCCUAACAAUAGUCCAGGGUAUCCUGUCCCCAAAUCAAAAGGUACAGCCUUUCUAGAAAGUAAGGCAAUGAUAACUCUGCUCAGCUGGGAAUCACGGAUCAAUGUAAUGGUCAGCCGUGUGCCUCUGCACAUACAUGUAUGUGUAUAUAUUUGUAUGUAUGUAACUAUUUUCAAACUGUGAUUUAAUAUUUAAAUAUUACUACUGUCAUUUUUGUAAAGUUACUUCUAAAAAUAUAUAUAUGAAGAUAUGUCUUGGAAUUUCCCAAUGGGGUAAAAAAUAGU